AUGCCGAGAAGUUACGAUGCCUACGAACAAUCUCGCGAAUCUCGUGUCGACUACACAAAAUCGCCGCAAGAGGAAUAUCGAGAGGCCAUUGAAAGCUACAACCUGCGCGUCAAGCUGUGUCAAACCAUUAGUGGUUUCCUCUGUAACGUCAUCAACCUCUUUUGUAUCGGUUUGAUCGCCACGACCGCGGGUCUAAUCAUUUGGAAUCACAUUGGACAACCCAAGAGUCGGCAAGAACUAAUGGAUGCAUUGGGGCGAUACAAUGUCGAUGAUUUCAUCAACGUACUGCAGAAUCUGACCGAUACGGAAUGGAACACGGGUUUUAACGAAGACCCGUACGUGGGUGACAACACGACGCAAAUGUGGAAGGGUGCCGAUGGCUACACGGGGCUCAGUUUGACGCUGCAAAAUGCCUUGGACGAUGCCUGGCAAACCGAGUUUGAAGCGGCCGUGGACGACUGGAAAGAAAGUGCGGCAUUGGCACUGAGCACGGAGCGAGUGGACGUCGACCAUACAUGUGCCCGAGUCACGGGCGUCAUGGUGGUCUGCAAUGGGAAUUUUGGUGAAACGGGGUGGGUGGGGAUCAACGAAGUGGAAUUGGAAUUCAAAGGUAGCGGCGAUCCGGGAGUCAUUGUUUCCAGUGUGGCAAAGAUGAACGAGUUUUACCUGAACCACGCCGACUACUAUCAUCGUCAAUACACCAUGUGUCAUGAGAUUGGUCAUGGAUUUGGGCUGCCACAUACGGAUGAGAAUCCCAACAAUCAGGAUCAAGGAAACUGUCUAGACUACACUGUCACACCCAGAAACAAUAUGCACCCGGGCGAUGUCAACAUGAAUCGUUUGUUGUCCAUGUACAUGCAAGACGAUUACGAUGACACUGACGACUACAUGGCAAAUGAUGACAAUGGUAACGAUGAUGGACAAGGUCAAAAUGAUGAUGGACAAGCGGCAACUGAUCAGUACUACAAGAAUAAGUACUACAACGACGAUUGGGGUCAACAGGGUGGGCGGUACCUCCGCGGGGGGCGACGCUUUCGCAGGAUUGUCAGAUUCUAUCAUUAUGUAUAG